AUGCGGGAUUUGGAUAGCGUAAAAUUGACUGAGAGUUAUCUAUAUUUCUUUGUUCUCCUCCACUUGUUAGUUUGUCUGUUUUUGGAAGGGGAUCUUAUCCGUGAUCGCUGGGACAAGCAGCCACAAUCUACUCCCCUACUGCAUCAUUUCAAGCUCGUUGGUAUGAAAGGUAUUUCAGAAUCUAUAUCAAAGUUAUUAAGGAAGUCCUGGAAUAGAAGAUCAGACAAAUCUUAUUCAGUUCUUCCGUGCCGUCGAUUUUCACUCCCUGAGAUCAAGACAGCUACCAAUAACUUGGACAGUAAUUUACUAAAAGGUGAGGGGGCUUAUGGUUAUGGGAAAGUAUACAAGGGGUUUAUUGAUAAUCGUACCAUAGGCAUUGCAAAAAGGACUGUGAAUAUCAAGUCAUGGUCGGGUUUGGAUGGGUUAAUGAAGGAGGUGGUGUUGCUUUGCCAACUACGCCACCCUAAUGUCGCCCGUCUCAUCGGAUAUUGUGUCGAGGAUGAUGACAAAGGGUUUCUUGUGUUUGAAUUCAUAGUCAAUGGAAACCUGGGCGACCACCUUUGCGGCACUAACCGCCAUGAACCCCUCUUGUGGAAACAAGGACUCCAGAGUUGCAUUGGAGUGGCACGCGCAUUACACUAUCUUCACUCCAGGGUGAAGCACAGUAUCAUCCACCAUAAUGUGAAGAUUAGCAACAUUCUGUUGGAUGAGAAAUUGGAGGCCAAGUUGAUCGAUUUCAGGGAUUGCAAGAUGGGUCCUCCGAGUUUGUCAAAGGAUUUACUUUGGAUAGAGUCUGAGGAGGUGGUGGGUACCUUAGGAUACUUGGAUCCCAAUUGUCUCCUCAACAAGGUGCUGACCGAUAAAUCCGAUGUCUACUCUUUUGGUGUGGUAUUGUUGCAAGUGCUCUGUGGAAGAAAAGCAGCAGAACGUGAAUCGGAGAGGGAUCAGAUUAAUCGAGCUUUAUGGCCCCAAAUAUGCAUACAAGAAGGGACCUUCAGUCAGAUAAUUGAUCCGUAUCUGAUGGGGAAGAUAGCCCCAGAGUGUUUCAAGAUACAUUGCCACUUCUUGUGUGCGAUUUGA